AAAUUAAGCUAUCGACGCAAGUUCAAUGACCGCUAGUGCAUUUUACUCAUUUUAGAAUCAGGCUUUUUAAAGCCCGGCCAGACGAAUAGUCAGGUCUAUGGGCUUUAACUUGGCCCAUUACGACCGGGGUUUUUUUGUCAAAACCGAUUAUUCCUGACUCAAUUUUCUCAAAAAAAAUAAGGAUUACUCCCGACUCAAAAAAAAAAGGAUCAUGUCUCCAAUUACUUUGCGGCAACGUGAUAUAGUAGGCCUAAAUAAAGGGACGCUAAUCUUCUUACGGCGCACGCUGUCUCCCUCGCUUCCCUCCCUCAUCAUAAAGAAGGAAAAUAGGUGUCCCUCUCGCUAUCGACGCAGGCAAACCUCCGCAACACCAGGAAGAAGAAGAAGUAAAAGCGAGCGGACGAACCGAGGAGAAGAAUCAAGAGUUUCUUUGUACAAGGAACAUGGAGGGUUCCAAUUUGAGAGUUCCGGUAGAUGAUGGACUUAUCUUGAAGACAAGCAAGGGUGCAGGCACUGGUUUAACUGCUGGCAGCGUUUGGGGUUUGCUGGUUUCUAUGCUGCACGAUGGACCUAAGGUUGGCAGUAAUGUCAAGUAUCCUGAGCUGGUUAGAACUGGCAAGGUGUGUCGAAGUUACGCAGGAACCUUGGCAAUUCUUGGAGCCACAUAUGUAGGCGUGGAGCAAUCUCUUGAAAGGGUCAGGGGGAAGAAGGACAUCAUUAAUGGUGCUGUAGCUGGUUUUGCUGCGGGUGCAACUAUGGGUUUCAGAGCCGGGAGACUCCGGACACUCAUCGUGUCAGGGUCUGCGCUCGCUCUGACUUCGGUACUCUUGGAUGUGACUGGAAUGAGAACUACUGAGGAAGAAAAAGUCCAGCACUAAGUCAAUGUAUCAUCCUGAACAGCUGUAUCUACAACUUCACUCAAGCAGUUCCAUGUUUCUGUUCUAAAGCAUGCACAAUACCAGAGGAGUUCCUCUGAAUGUAGUCUGUUCAUAGUAGAGAUAGUAAAGGGAUAUAGUACCAUGUGGCAGUUGCUCCACAUCUGUAAAUUCAUGUUUGCAGAGUACUUUUCGCAUUUCAUACGUGCUUUAGUAAUCGCUGAAGUUCAUGGUCGAAAGUGUUCAAGUAUGAUCUUGUCAUCCCAAAUUUUAAUCGGGAUGUUUGAAUAUGACAUUGUUCUCCACUUAUUUGGUGGAUGCUUA